UCUUAUCUCUAAAACUUCGUUCCGACGUCUACGUAAAAAAGAGCAUUCUGUUCACUUCUUGUUUGGCCAAGCUCUGUAGCUGACACAACAGUGCUUAAAAUUUUAGAACUCACGAAAUUGGACUGUGCAAAGGCAAGCGUGCUUCUCCUGUUUCAACCGGUCUAGUGUGGUAAUGGAGCAUGGGUUAUCAUCCAACGGAUAUUCUCCUGUACCACGCAUGGAUAAUCCUUUGAGUACUCGUGUAAUUGCUGCAGCAUCUCAGAGUUCACCAAAUAAUUCAGAUAAAAGUAGUCCAAACAGAGGUACUCUUCAUGUUGGAUUUUCUGAAGAAAAGGGAGAAGUUAAAGAAAAAAGAGAACGAUUCCUCACUGCAAAAUAUGGAGCACAUCAAAUGGCACUUAUUAGAAAGCGAUUGGCAGUGGAAAUGUGGAUUUACGAACAACUGAAUGAUCUGCAUGGUUGCACUGAUGACUCUCAAAGCCACGAUGUCGAUCUUGAUUUAGAUGAUUUGCUUGAUAUGGAAGAUGACAGUGAACGUCGCACGUACUUGCAGAAGCUUUUAUCCAACGCCAAAAGCCCACCCGAAGCUGUCGAUACAUUUGUCAGCGAGUUGCUGAACCGGACUAAAGUUUUGUGACGACGAGGAAAGAAAAAACGCCCUAUUGUGGUGAAAAUUAAAAAUAAUAAUAAUAAUAAAAUAGCAACGACCAACAAAAUGACAAAAUGAGUCAUUCUCAUAGACCUAUUCUAUUAUGCAAAUGAAUAUUAUUCAAAAUAUUCAUACAUCGUUUCUCCACUUAGACACACACCAUGCAAGCUCGUAAUACAAUAACUUUUAUAUGUAAAGAAAAGUGACACUCCCAAGUAAUCGAAGAAAAUGAAUCCCAAGCAAUUUAAAUGCGCACAUCCUGUGGAAACCCCCUAUAUCGAUACGAGAUCUCCCUUUCACUUCCGUCGGAUGUAGUUUUUUUUUUUUUCUUCAUUCUUCAUACUUCAUCUAUUGUUUUCACUUCUUUUUAAAUGCAUCAAAAUGUAAUUUCUGACCCGUUGCCCUCUUCCCCGUAGCUCCUCGAGAUUUCUGUACGGGUAGCUUAAGCCUCUCUGAGCUGACCAGUUUGAGCGUAGCUAUUUUUUUAUUAUUAUUUUUUUUUUUUUGUCUACGAUCAUCCGGGCAGCAAGCUCCUUAAUGAGCCAGUGUAUUUCUCAAAAUGAUAAGUGUUUGUGGAGAAGUAAUACAUAUUUGCUGAUCUUCAAAGAAA